CUGCAGCUCUCCUUCAGCUCAGUUCAAACGCUGAAGUUUCAUCACACUGAAGUUUUCUUCCAGUCGACUGCUGAACAAGAUGUUCCAACGGUGUGGUGUUUUGCUGCUGGCGUCUCUCGCUGUCGUUUCUCUGGCGGCUCCUCUUCCAGAUGGAACAACAGAUGAUGUUUCAGAGAGACUCGACCCGCUGCUGGAGUAUCUGGACUCUGCUGGAACUACACCUGUGACCUCAGAGCCAGAUCCUGCUGACAGCACAGGCUCUGAGGAACAAACUGAAGCUCCCUCAGCAUCAGAUCAGGCGACUGGAUCAACAGGUGCUGAUGACAGCCCAGACUCUGAUGAACAGACUCAAGGUGGAGACAGCCUGCAGAACUCCACAGAAACUGCUGACAGCAACGACUCAGCUGAAUCAUCUGAAGAUCCUUCAGAUUCAGAUGAGACAACUGAAGAUAAUGAGGACGCUGCAGAUGGUGUAGAAAGUGACGACAACACUGACGACGACUCAACCGAAAACACUGAUUCUGACUCUGAGACUGACUCUGAGGCUGAAGCUGAGAAGACCGAAACUGACUCUGACUCUGACUCUGACUCUGAGGCUGAAACUGAGAAGACCGAGACAGACUCUGACUCUGACUCUGAGGCUGAAACUGAGAAGACCGAGACAGACUCUGACUCUGAGACAGACUCUGACUCUGAGACAGACUCUGAGACUGAAGUUAAGAAGACUGAGACAGACUCUGACUCUGACUCCGGCUCUGACUCUGAGGCUGAAGCUGAGAAGACCGAAACAGACUCUGACUCUGAGGUCACCACGGCUGAUGAGGAUGACAGCAAGGCCUCAGAAGACUCAGAGGAGGGAGGGGAAGCAGGGAGUGAGGAACCAGUGGGGAGGGAUGAGGGAGAUGAAAUAAAUGACAGGGAAAUGUCAGAGGAGGUGAAACAAGCAGGACAUGAGGAGGAGGUGAUCUCAGAGGAUGACAACAGUGAAGGGAAUGACGACAGUGCUAUCAAGGAUGAAGAUGAGGACGUCGAAACCCAGACCGACAGUGACACGAGUGAGACCGACAGUGACACUAAUGAGACCGACAGUGACACGAGUCAGAUCAAUAAUGACAAUGAAGCUGAGCCUGACAAUCAGGACAGCAGUGACAUGCUGGAGUCUGAUGUCACUGAGGAGAAAGAGGAGGUGAACCAGGAUGACUCUGAAAAGUCAGAUACCAAGGAACCUGAGCAGCAGAGUCCAGAAACUCCAGACUCCACUGAAGUCACACCAGCUGACAAACCAGACCAAUCUGAUGACUCCACCCUUGCCACCACAAAGGCCAUGAAUUAAAUGCUGUGCCUCUGACCUGUGGAAGCUCAGCGACUCCAGAGCCAACCCCGUGGUGGAAUACUGUUGCCAUGACAACAACAACAACAAGCUAAACUGCAACUAAACUUCAAUGUUCAAUUUCCUGUUUGUUUUCGUUCCUCAGCUUGUUCCUGAUUGGUCGUCCCCAUUUUCUUUAAACUCUGGCCGUUGUAGUUUUCCAACAAUCGACUGUCUGUGUGUCUGUCAUGCGUCUCACCCUCUGCCUUCAGUCUAAUGCUGAAACAUUAAAACAGCUGCUGAUCUCAGAUCUGCUCUGUGUGUUAAAAUGUACAUACAGUCAUCAUUUACUUUCCAACCAUCAAGACUUGUUUGUUUGUUCACAGAGGAACUGCUAAUAAAGUUUGAACUGUCAGAAACUUUUCUCACUGCA